UCUGCUACUUUGCGCAAAUAAAAUUGGGAAAAAUCGAAUGAGUAGAAAAGAACUCCUGAAAAAAGAAAGAAAACUUUUUUAAAUUAAAAUAAAUUGUAUAAUUACACAAGAAUUUUACAAAUAAUUUAAAAUUUAUUAAGCAAAAAACAAGUUGAAGUACCAUUAAGGCAAACUUGUAACACUAGAAUAGAAAAAAUAUAAAAACAAACAGCGGAGUGAAAAAAUCUUGUAUAAAACGAAAAGAAAAAUUCCUGUAAGAAAAAAAUUUUACAAAAGUAAUAAAAAAAACUAACAAAAAGUGAUAAGAAAAAUUUAAACACUCAAAAAAAGUGAAGAAUUAAUUAUUACGUUAAAAUUUAAGCAAUUCAUUGUUUAACGUUUGUAAUCAAAGCUGGUACUUUGUUACGCGACAAAACAAAUUAAACAAAAAGUGAAAAAAUAGUGUUUAAUAAAAAAAAAACGAAAACAAUUUUGUAAAAUUUUUUUGUGUGUUUCUUAAAUAGAAGUUAUAAAAUAAAUCAGAUUUCAUCAUGUCCAUGGCUGGGCAAACAAUCAACGACAGACUGUUGGCUGCCAGGCACAGUCUUGCCGGUCAAGGUCUGGCCAAAUCAGUAUGCAAGGCCACAACGGAAGAGUGCAUUGGACCCAAGAAGAAACAUUUAGAUUAUUUAGUACACUGUACAAAUGAACCCAAUGUCUCUAUACCACAUUUGGCCAAUUUACUUAUUGAACGUUCACAAAAUGCCAAUUGGGUGGUAGUGUAUAAAUCUUUAAUAACCACACAUCACUUAAUGGCAUAUGGAAAUGAGCGUUUUAUGCAGUAUUUAGCUUCUUCAAAUUCAACAUUUAAUCUUAGUAAUUUCUUGGAUAAGGGUGGAGUUCAAGAUGGUGGUAUGUCGGUACCUGGUGGCAGAAUGGGUUAUGAUAUGUCACCAUUUAUCAGACGCUAUGCCAAGUAUUUAAAUGAAAAAUCUUUGUCUUAUCGUGCAAUGGCUUUUGAUUUUUGCAAAGUUAAAAGAGGCAAAGAAGAGGGUUCAUUACGUACCAUGCAUGCUGAUAAAUUAUUAAAAACUUUGCCCGUUUUACAAGCACAAUUGGAUGCUCUAUUGGAAUUCGAUUGUCAAUCAAAUGAUUUAACAAAUGGUGUCAUUAACAUGUCAUUUAUGUUAUUAUUCCGUGAUCUCAUACGUUUAUUCGCCUGUUACAAUGAUGGUAUUAUUAAUUUAUUGGAAAAAUAUUUUGAUAUGAAUAAGAAACAAGCACGUGAUGCUUUGGAUUUGUAUAAAAAGUUUUUGGUGCGCAUGGAUCGUGUGGGGGAAUUUUUAAAAGUUGCAGAGAAUGUCGGCAUUGAUAAGGGAGAUAUACCUGAUUUAACUAAAGCUCCCAGUUCUUUGUUGGAUGCUUUAGAACAACAUUUGGCCACACUUGAGGGACGUAAAGUUUCAGCUGCAAAUACUCCUACACAAUCAGCCAGUAGCAACCAAAAGAAUGUAAAAUCCGCUGUUUCUGCCCUAUCUUCUACUAGCUCUUCGUUUGGCACAGCUGCCGCUUCAAGUAAAUUUGACACUACCAACGGUAUCGAUGAACAACUAAAGGCCCAAGCUUUGGCUGAGGAAGAGGCGGCCAUGAAUCAAUAUAAGCAACAUAAAGUUUCUUCACCCACCAGCGGCGGUGCUGCUGCUAACGCUGCAUUAACAAAUCCAUUCUUAUCGUCUCCACCAGCUUCAGCAGCUGGUCAACCGAUAGUUGAUUUGUUUGGUGCUGCCUCAGCACAGCCAGGCUCUGGCUCCACCGCUGCUGCUGGUACCACUAAAGCUUCUGAUGAUUUACUACAAUUGGGCAAUCCAUUUGCCGAUAUGUUUGAUGCUCCCCUUGCGGGCGGUGCUGGCGGAGGCGUUGCUACAGGUGCUCAAAAUUCAAAUAAUAUUUGGAUGAAUAAUAAUGGUUUCAAUGGAGCUGCUGUACCUUCAGCUGCGGCAAAUGCUUUUGUUUCCGACAGCAACUUCUCUUCGGUAUUUGGUAAUACUGAACCAGCCGCAACUGGAGCAGCAUUAGCAAAUCCAUUUUUUGAUUCAAUGGAACCACAAACUUUAUUCGAUACCACAACCUCCACAACAUUAUCAUCAUCGUCGUUGACAUCAGCAACUAUAAAUAAUAAUUUAUCAAAUUUAGCCAACAAUUCGACUUCCAUUAACUCCAAUACUAAUCUAUUUAUGACGUCGUCAUCACAACCGACUUCUCUGACAACAGGCUUUGAUGCUUUGGGUGAUGUUUUAAAACCCGGCAUAACGUCUAAUACUACCACAAAUACUUCUGUUGGCAAACCACCAGCAGGAAAUCAAACAAAUAUUAAUACUGCAGGUAUUGCCUCACAAGAUCCACUACUCCACCACCAACAACAAUCGCAGCAGCAGCAACAACAGCAACCACCAGCCAGCACUGGAAAACUCUUAACUGGUGAUUUGGAUAGUUCUCUCAUGUCUCUAGUUGAAAAUUUAAAUAUUAAUAAAUCAGCUACAACAAAACCUGUGCAAUGGAAUUCACCUAAAAAUACUGCGAAACCUGGUGCUAAUUGGACACCUCAACCAAUGGCUGCUACUACGGGUGCUGGCUAUCGUCCAAUGGCACAUGGCAUGACUGUAAGUCCUGCGCCAAUCACAAUUAAUCAUCCGUAUAUACAUGCUAGUUAUCCUGUAAUACCAAAUUAUAUGCAGCAGGGAAUGCCGGUGAUGGGUCAAACAAUGAUGGGACAAGCCCCUUUGACUGGCGUACCACCGACGAUGCAACAACCGAUGGUAAUGCCCAGUAAUCCAGCUGGCAUAAUGCAAACCACACAACCACAAAUGCAGUCCAUGAUGCAGACAAAUGGUGGUAAUAAACCUUUAGAUCCUUUUGGAGCGUUAUAAAUGACAACUAAACAAAAACAAAAACAAAAGAAUAACAAAUUCUCACGAAACGAAAUGAAACCUACAAUAACAACAACAACAAUUACAUACAGAAUUAUGAAAUGUUAUUAAAAAAAGAA